AUGUCAUCAUUGAAAAAUUAUUUAAUCAAUUUAAAUAUAUUUGAAUCAUCGACUGAUUCAACAACAACAGAUGAAGAAAAAGAAUAUCAACGUCGAUUAAAUAUUAUUGCAACUCGAAUCUUUUUCAUUGUUUUUAUCAUUGUUCUAGUUGGACUCACUAGUAUUAUGAAAACAAGAAAUCGAAAUAUACUUAUAACAAUUGAAAAUCCAAGUGAAGAUCAAUACAUAAAUUUACCAUUUGAUGCUCAUUGUCCAUGUUCUCGUAUAUCAUUAUCCUAUGGUGAAUUUAUUUCAAUUCAAACUCGAUUUCAUCAGAUAUGUUCAAGUGAUUUUAUAUCUGAUCGAUGGAUUAAAACAAUUAAUUUUGGUUCAAAUACAACAUAUUUUUCCGCUUAUGAUUUUCGAACAGAAGGGAGUGCAAUAUUUCAAUCACUUGAAAGUUUUUGUCGACUUUCAAAAGAUUAUGCUAUUCAAAGUAUUGAUUCAUUUAAUAAAGAUUUAUUCAUAAGUCAAGAAGUUUUAAAAGAAUCUGUAUUUCGAUCUCAAACAAAUGUCAUUAUUCAUCAAUUUCAAUUAUCAUCACCUAUUGAAUUGUUAACAGAAUUAGAAUUAAUAGAAAAAAUGAUAGCCGGAAACCGUAUUCUAUCUGCUCUUCAGACUAAUUUCAUGCAACUGUAUACGCCUUGGUUCUACAACGUAGUUCAAAUUUGGAUGCGUAAUCGAGCUUUCCGGGUUGCACAGCAUUCAACAUGUUCUUGUCGGGCCCGUAUUGAUUGUAACAUGGAAUCAACGAUAUUCGAUAUAUUUGAAUCGUCUGAUUUUGAGCAUUAUCCACCUACUGGUCAAAUAUUAAUGAUAAUUCCUGGAAUGGUGCAUAGCUGUUUACCAGUAAAUACAAUUCUUCUCUCUACAUUAGAAUGUUUUUACAAUCAAACGUGUUUAAAUGACCUUGUUUCAUUAUUACCUACGACUGGAACUUUUACAGCAAUGCCACAAUUCGAACAAAGUCGUUAUGAGUUAAAUUCAACAAUACAAACUAUUAUUGAUAAUUUAAUGAUUGAAGAAUGGGUACCCAAUAUUUCUUAUAAGAAAUAUUAUGAACAAUGUGCUCCUAUUUCAUGUACUUAUUUUAAGAAUGAAAAAUAUGAUUGGAAAUUUGUACUGACACAAUCCAUUGGUUUAUUAGGAUCUAUAAUAAUGGUAUGUAGUAUUAUUAUAGAAAAUCUAGUUAAAUUCAUUCUACGACAACCAUCUCAAAAUACAGAAUCAAUAUCUUAUCUUCAACAAAAAACAAUUCAUCAACCAUCAGAAUUUCAAUUUAAAGAACUUGAUAAAAUUUAUUCUUCAAAUCUUUAUUGUCCAUGUUCAACAGUUUCAAUGAAUUAUUCAACUUUUAUGACGAUUGAACCUUACUUUCAUCAAGUAUGUUCAAGUGAUUUAAUAUCAGAUGCAUGGAUUAAUUACUUGAGCGGUAGUAGCUUGAUGAACGAUUUUCUUCCAAUAUUUAACUAUGAAACUUCUGGUGUAUUCCACUUUCAAUUAUUGUCAAUGUUAUGUCAACAUGCUCAACAAACAGUUAAUAUUAGUAUCAAAACAUUUCUUCAAACACAAUUUCUUUCUUCACAAGUUAUUUCUCAAAAUCAAUUUGAAGCUAAAAUUAAUUCAUCUAUUAAUGAUUGGAAAUCUCGAACUAUUGAACAAUUUUUACAAACAAUUAAAAUAUUUCAAGUUGUAUCACAUGGAAAUCAACUUAUGAGUGAACAGUUUCGUUAUUUUGUUAAUAAUAUAGACUCGAAUUAUACAAAAAUUUAUCUUGACGUACAAGAAUAUUUCAAUUGUUCAUGUACUCUAUCUUCAUCAUGUCUUAUCCCUAUGGUCCCAAAUUUUUUUCUGGGUUGUUCUCAAAUCGAAGGAUUAAUGAAAUCAACAUUAGAAUGUUUUUAUAAUCUAUCAUGUAUGAUUGAAAUAGAUCGAGAUUUAAUUUUUUCUCUUGGAUCAUCUUUUAAUUUUUCAAAUUUAAAUGAAAAUCUUAAUCCACCAAAUGAAACAAUUGAAUCAAUUCUCAAUAAACUUAUGAUUGAUUCUUGGACAUGGAAUAUUUCAUUUUCUUCAUAUUAUAAUACAGGUUCUCCAUCAUCAUGUACAUAUGAAUAUAUUAGUCGAAAUGAUUUAUUCUUUAUUAUAACAACAAUUCUUGGUAUUUUUGGUGGUUUAUCUCUUGGAUUAAAAUUACUUACUUUAAUUAUUCUUCGAUUUAUUGAGAAAAUAAUUAAUAAUAAUUCUUUUAAUGAAUUUAUAACAAUGAUAAAAAACUUAUUUGUUUGUAAUACUGAACAACGUCUUAUUAAUCGACUUCAUUUUGUUUCUCUUUUACUAAUAUUAUCUUUAAUAUUUAUAUUUUCUGCUUUUAAAUCAAAAUCAGUUACUGUCCAAAUAAAAAAACCAUCACUUUCAAAUUAUAAAAAUUUAUUAAAAGAUCAUUCUUAUUCUCUUCAAUGUUCUUGUUCACAAAUAUCUUUUCCAUAUGAAACAUUUCUUAAUAUUGAACCUCAUUUUCAUGAUUUAUGUUCAAGUCAAUUUAUUUCUAAUGAAUGGAUUAAUUAUAUUUAUGGCGAAGGUCAUCUUUCUCGUCGAUUUUCAUUCAAUGACUAUCGUUAUUCAGCUCCUGGACAAUUUAUUUUACUUUCUUCACUUUGUAAACUUAGUCAAGAUAAAGUAAAUCAUACCAUUUCACAUUUACUGACAAGUUAUUUUAUUAAUUCUCAACUUUUAUCUGAAAAUCUUUUAAUUGAACAAAUUAAAAUAAUUCUAAAUCAACUUCAAUCAACUACAUCCAAUUCAUUUCUUAAUAUUUUAAAUUUAAUUCGUGAAAUAAUUGGUUCGAAUAUGAUGAUGAGUGCAUGGAGUACUAAUUGGGAAUAUGUUUCUCAAAUUGAAUCUACAUCUACUAGUUCAAUUGCACGUACAGCACCUCUAAGUUAUAGUGAAUGUAAUUGUGGAUUAUCAUUUAAAUGUACUCAAUCAUCAGGAGAUAUGAUGAGUGGUUGUUAUCCACUUGAAUCUAUUCUUCAAACAAAACUUUAUUGUUUUUAUGAUCAAAAUUGUAUUGAUUCGAAUGGAAAUUUUAGAAGUUUAAAUAUGUCAACAUUGGAAAAAAGUCAAUUUAAUUUAAAUUCAACGAUUAAAUCAAUUUUAAAUAAUUUAAUGAUUGAAGAGUAUAAAAGUAAUUUAUCAUAUGAAAAUUAUUUUAAUCAAUGUCAACCAUUAUCAUGUUCAUAUUCUUAUAUUAAAACUCAUGAUUUAGCUCAAACAAUAAUAUCUCUCAUUUCUCUUUAUGGUGGAUUAGUUAUUAUAACUCGUUGUUUAGCAAUUAUUUUUGUUAAAAUUUAUCAACAUAAAAAAAAUCGAAUUAAUCCCGAAGUUCUUCAACAAAAUAUUUAA